ACCCCAGGUGCUGGACUGGAAGGUCUGUUCAGAUUUGUGUAACGUUCUGUGUGUCAGAGUGGAGAUGGUGAUGCUGGUGAAUCAUGGGGUCCUCCAGUGUUACUCAUAGAUGAUCUCAGUGUGCUCCUGAGUUUAGGUGUUAGUGUUGGAGCGAUACUAGACUUUACCCUCUACUGCCAAGCCACUGUGUGCUCUGAGUUACAGGGAAAUGUGGUUAUUCUGGUGAGAUGUGAGGAGGAGGAUGCAGAUGAUGAUGAAGAGGGAUCAAACCUGCUCCGGAGGGGACUAGUUCAUCAGUGUAACUUGGCAUUACAUGUAGAGGGGUUACCAACGGGCUACUGCAGGGACAUACAUGGACAGAUGGAGGUUUGGUGGCGACAGGGAGAAGAGACCAUCUACAACCAACGAAAAAUAUUUCAUUUUAAAGUCCAUGAUAAAGGAGCAUCGUUUUUCGCUCGAGGGACUUCUAGUGCUGUACUCUAAGGUGUUCUCUGGCUUACCCAGCAUGCUGCAGCGGCCUUACAGCCUCGACGUGUCAGCGCAGCUCCUGCGGACUGAAGCCUUCAUAGAAGGGCGCUGGGUCUCCGCUGCAUCCACAUUCCCCGUGUUAGAUCCAGCCACGGGAGAAGAGAUCGCGAAGGUGUCCGACUGCGGUACAAAGGAAGCUCAAGACGCUGUCAAUGCUGCGUACAAAGCGUUUCACCUGUGGAAGAGUCAGACAGCCAAGGAAAGAAGCAUUUUGCUGCGGAAAUGGUUUAAUCUGAUCAAUGAGCACAAGGAAGAUCUUGCCAAGUUGAUCACAGCCGAGUCUGGGAAGCCCAUGAAGGAGUCUGUUGGUGAGAUUACAUAUUCUGCCUCCUUUCUGGAGUGGUUUUCUGAAGAGGCCAGACGUGUAUAUGGAGAUAUUGUCGCACCUCCAGCCAAGGACCGCAAGAUCCUGUUACUCAAGCAGCCGGUGGGAGUGGCUUCCAUCAUUACACCUUGGAAUUUCCCCAGUGCCAUGAUCACCAGGAAAGUGGGCGCAGCGCUUGCGGUGGGCUGCACUGUGGUGGUGAAGCCGGCUGAGGACACGCCUCUCUCUGCUCUGGCACUUGCUGAGCUGUCGGUUCAGGCCGGCAUUCCUCCUGGGGUGUUUAAUGUGGUGCCCUGCUCAAGAGAAAAGACCCCUGCUGUUGGGGAGCUGUUCUGCACAGACCCUCUCGUGGCCAAAAUCUCAUUUACUGGCUCCACAGCCACUGGCAAGGUACUACUAAGACAUGCUGCAGGAACUGUCAAAAGGGUCUCUAUGGAGUUGGGAGGACAUGCCCCCUUUAUUGUAUUUGAUAGUGCUGAUGUAGAUAAAGCAGUUGCAGGAGCGAUGGCUUCCAAAUUCAGGAACUCAGGCCAGACCUGCGUGUGCUCCAACCGCUUUUUGGUGCAGAGUGGGAUCCAUGAUGCUUUCAUGGAGAAGCUGGCGAAGGCUAUGGAUGCCGAACUGAAGGUUGGCCACGGCUCAGAGCCCACCACCACACAAGGGCCGCUCAUCAACACCCGCGCUGCAGAGAAGGUGGAGAACCAGAUUGUAGAUGCUGUGGCACAGGGAGCAGUCAUAGUUCGAGGUGGGAAGAGACUGGAGGGCUCCUUCAUGCAGCCCACCCUGCUGUCCAGUGUCAACACUGACAUGCUCUGCAUGCGAGAGGAGACCUUUGGACCCCUUAUUCCUGUUGUUAAGUUCAACACAGAGCAGGAGGCACUUGCCAUUGCCAAUGCUUCUCCUGUUGGUUUAGCAGGUUACUUUUACUCCAGAGACAUCAGUCAGAUCUGGCGGGUGGCUGAGCAGAUGGAGGUGGGCAUGGUUGGGGUCAACGAAGGUCUGAUCUCCACCACAGAAGCCUCUUUUGGUGGAAUCAAACAGUCUGGACUGGGCAGAGAAGGAUCCAAAUAUGGCAUUGAUGAGUAUCUAGAAAUAAAGUACAUGUGUUUGGGGGGACUCUCCCUUUAAAGACAAUGGUUACUGGCAGGCAGUAUGUCAUUAUUCAAGCAAGACCAUCAUACAAACAUUAAUCCACAAAACACAUGAUACAUUCUCUCUUUUAAUCAGAUGUAACUGAAUAAUGACUAUACAGAGACAUUUCACU